GCAAAAAGGGGAGGGGAGUUGUGUCGAAAGGAACCGCGCAAAGGAUUUGUAACCUCCGAAACGAGCGAUGUUAAGGGUGCGGAAACUUGUCUCUGAUUGACACUCAAACUCUCUUAAAGGCGAACCGGGUUUGCUUCCAGGCGGGUGUGGAAGCAAGGCCCGGGCCGGACUCCUCUUCUCGGGCCGCCUUCCCCUUUAAUGCGCGUCCCCAAUGUUAGCCGUGGGGCCGAUGGAGGCUAACCGCCCGCCGGGCGCCUUCGUGCUCAGCAGCGGCAGCGGCAGCGCCCCUUUGGCCGCGCUCCACAGCAUGGCCGAGAUGAAGAGCUCGCUCUUCCCCUACGCGCUGCAAGGCCCGCCCGGGGGAGCGCCCUUCAAGGCCCCCGCGGGAAGCGGAGGAGGCGGAGGCGGAGGGGGGGCCGCCCAGUUCGCGCUCGGGACCCCGCACGGCAUCAGCGACAUCCUGGGCAGGCCGCUCGGCGCCGCCGCCGGGAACCUCCUCACCGGCCUGCCCCGCCUCAACGGCCUCGCCGCCGCCGCCGCCGCCGCAGGGAUGUACUUCAGCCCGGCCGCCGCCGCCGUCGUGCCCCGCUACCCGAAGCCCCUGGCCGAGCUGCCCGGGAGGCCGCCCAUCUUCUGGCCCGGAGUCAUGCAGGGCUCGCCCUGGAGGGACCCGCGCCUCGGAUGCCCCGCCCAGGCCGGGAUGGUCUUGGACAAAGACGGCAAGAAGAAGCACUCGCGGCCCACCUUCUCCGGCCAGCAGAUCUUCGCCUUGGAGAAAACCUUCGAGCAGACCAAGUACCUGGCCGGGCCCGAGAGAGCCCGCCUCGCCUACUCGCUGGGCAUGACCGAGAGCCAAGUCAAGGUGUGGUUCCAGAACCGGAGGACCAAGUGGCGGAAGCGGCACGCGGCGGAGAUGGCCUCGGCCAAGAAGAAGCACGACUCGGAGACGGAGAAGCUGAAGGAGAGCUCCGAGAACGAGGAGGACGACGACUACAACAAGCCCCUGGACCCCAACUCCGACGACGAGAAGAUCGCCCGCCUGCUCAAGAAGCACAAGGCCGCCGCUGCCGCAGCCGCUGCAAACGCCGCAUCCUCUUCCUCCUCCUCCUCCUCCUGCUCCUCCUCCUCCUCGGCCCCUCCGGCGCCCUUGUCCCUGCUCAGCCCUUGCAGCAACGCCUCGGAGCCCUCCUGACCCCCAUGCCCCCCUCUCCCCCUCCCUCCGGCCAAGCAGGGUAGCCCCCCACGCAGCAGCCCAGGAGGCUCCGGACUGGCUGCAGUGUACAGCUCCUCUUCUUCCCCUUUGGGGAAACCAAACACCCACCCACCCGCGUGUCUGUGUCUCCGUGUCCCUCUGUGUAUAUAUAUUUUUACAGAAUAAUAAGUUAUAAACAACCCUCAUGGACCAGCCCUUCCUUAUCCGAGAGAGAGAGAGAGAGAGCCACACUUUCUUGAGUUUCUUUCCCAGCCCUCCCUUCUCCUCUUCUCCUUUUCCUUUGAUUCGGCCUCCAGGAAGGACAAGCUCUCCUUUUCAAGCCCUUGCCUCCCAGCCCCAUUGAACCUCCAUUCACUAAGGCCCCUUCCACACAGUCCUGCAUCCCAGAAUAUCAAGGCAGAAAAUCCCACAAUGUCAGAUAACCCACUUCAAAGCAGAUCUUGAGGGAUUUUCUGCCAUGAUAUUCUGGGAUUUAGGGCUGUGUGGAAGGGCCUUGAGAAUAUCAAGGCAGAAAAUCCCACAAUAUCUGCUUAGAACUGAGUUAUCUGAGUCCACACUGCCAUAUAACCCAGUUCAAAGCAGAUGUUGUGGGAUGUUAUUCAGCUGUAUGGAAGGGGCCUUAGGGUCCUUGCGCACAGCCCUAUAUCCCAUAAUGUCUAACUCAGAGGCGGCCCUAGGUAAUUUUCAACAGUAAGCAAACAGUAUUUUGGCACACCCCCCACCAACCAUUGAUAUAUAUUUUCUGUUUGUCUUGGGAGUUCUGUGUGCCAUAUUUGGUUCAAUUCCAUCAUUGGUGGAGUUCAGAAUGCUCUUUGAUUGUAGGUGAACUAUACAUCCCAGUAACUACACUUGCCACA